AUGAAGGUGAAGGUGUGCAUCGGCCUCGUCCUCGCUAUCAUGGCGACCGCCUGCCUGUGCCGGCCCGCGGCAGAGGCACGGGGCGCUGCGGAGGACCCCCGCCAGCUCCCCACCAGCCUGGUCCGGCGGGACUGGCCCGACUCCCUGUCCCAGGAGCAGAAGCACUUCAUCUCCCAGCUCCUGCCCAUCUUCACAGAGCUGAGAGAGCGCAAGGGCUACGUGCACGGGGACGAGGGGAUGGCGGCCCUGCACGACCACUACUACCCCGACUGGAUGGACUUCGGCCGUCGCAGCGCUGAGGAGUCGGUCAAUGCCGUGUAG